AUGAGUCUUCUUGGCAGACGUGGCAUGUCCUCUGAGCCGACGGGUCCCCAGAGCCCGCCCGUGACCAUGGAGGCCAGAACGUUCUGGCUGCUGGUGAUGGUCCUGCCCUUGGUGUCCUCCAGCUCGACUGGGCAGUACGUGGGUCUGGCGCCGAACCAGUGCGUGGUCCCAGCCAAGGACAGGGUGGACUGCGCCUACCCCGACGUCACCGCCGAGCAGUGCACCAACCGGGGCUGCUGCUUUGACUCCAGCAUCCCCGGGGUGCCCUGGUGCUUCAAGCCCCUGCAGGAAGCAGAAUGCACCUUCUGAAGCCGUGCUGCUGCCCGACAGCUUGGGAGGGGACUCUGCCUGGCGCUAGCACCUCUCCUUUUCUAUCACCUGCUCCCGGCA